AUGUUCACUUCGUGGGGAAAGACUGCCCUGCUGCUCGGCCUUGCUCUCGGCAGUGGAGCACAGGAUGUCAUCACCAGUGACACUGCUUUCUACGGGCAGUCGCCCCCAGUUUACCCCUCCCCCGAGGGGACUGGUCUUGGUGACUGGGCUUCUGCUUACACAAAGGCCAAGGCAUUCGUCGCUCAACUCUCAGACGAUGAGAAGGUGAACCUUACCGCGGGCGUAUCCUCCAACACCGGAUGCUCUGGAUUCAUCCAAGCCAUUGACCGCUUGGGAUUUCCGGGCAUCUGUAUGAGCGACGCCGGUAACGGCCUGAGAGGAACUGAUUAUGUCAAUGGAUGGUCGUCCGGGAUCUCGGUUGGGGCUAGUUGGAACCGUGAGCUUGCCCUUUCACGCGCCACCUACAUGGGCCAGGAGUACCGGAAGAAGGGAGUCAACAUGAUUCUCGGUCCCGUUGUUGGUCCCCUGGGUAGGGUGGCGCUUGGAGGCCGCAACUGGGAGGGAUACUCUACCGACCCCUACCUUAGUGGCAUUCUGGUUUCCGAGACCGUCAAGGGCCUACAGUCCCAGAACGUUGCUACAUCUGUCAAGCAUUACAUCGCCAACGAGCAAGAGACAAACCGCAACCCGACCACGGAUUCCGAUGGAAACGCAGUCCAGUCAGUCUCUUCUAACAUCGAUGACAAGACAAUGCACGAGCUAUACCUGUGGCCAUUCCAAGACGCGGUUCUUGCUGGUGCUACCAACAUGAUGUGCUCGUACCAGCGUAUCAACAACUCUUACGGAUGUCAGAACAGCAAGACCCUCAAUGGCUUGUUAAAGACUGAGCUGGGCUUUCAGGGCUACGUUGUCACCGACUGGGGUGCUCAGCAUGCCGGUAUCGCUGGCGCCAAUGCUGGACUCGACGUUGUGAUGCCUCGGUCGAGCACCUGGAACAGCAACCUGACCGACGCCAUUGCCAAUGGGACCAUGGAGGCUUCUAGAUUGGACGAUAUGGUGACAAGACUCAUCGCCACAUGGUACUACCUCGACCAGGACACCGUCUUCCCACACCCCGGUGUAGGCAUGCCCAGCAGCGCAAGUUCCCCCCAUGAGGCCGUCAUAGCCACGUCCAAAGAGGCAAAGCCUGUCCUCCUUCAGUCCGCCAUCGAGAGCCACGUGCUGGUGAAGAACACGGACAAUACCCUGCCUCUCAAGUCUCCAAAGCUAAUCUCCGUCUUCGGCUACGACGCCUACGCGCCCUUGAAAUAUGAUCUCAGCAACAACUUCAACUUUGGCCUGGACAGAGAGAGAUCAGAUCUGUACCAGAACGGGACUCUGUAUGUUGGUGGUGGGUCGGGCCAGAACUCACCUGCCUACAUUGAUGCGCCCAUCGAUGCUAUCAAGCGCCGUGCUUACGAGGAUGGUUCCUCAGUGCUAUGGGACUUCACGUCGGAAGCGCCCACGGUUGACUAUACCUCUGACGUGUGCUUGGUCUUCAUCAAUGCCUAUGCCACGGAGGGUUACGACCGCGAAGCGCUGUCUGACACGUACAGUGAUGCCAUUGUCACCAAUGUCGCCAACAACUGCGGCAACACGAUAGUUGUUGUUCACAACGCUGGAGUCCGCACUGCCGAGGCGUGGGUAGAUCACACCAAUGUCACAGGUAUUAUCUACGCACACCUUCCCGGUCAAGACACCGGACGAGCACUGGUAGAGCUGCUAUACGGAGACUCCAACCCCUCGGGACGCCUGCCGUACACCGUUGCUAAAAGGCCGUCUGACUAUGGUGCUCUCCUGGAGCCGUCGCAGCCAGAAGGACAAUAUCAGUACUUCCCUCAGUCCGAUUUUUCCGAGGGGGUGUACAUCGACUAUCGUGCUUUUGACAAGGAUGAUGAUAUUGAGCCACAGUACCCAUUUGGCUAUGGGCUGUCAUACACCACGUUUGACUACUCGGACCUCAAGAUCUCCAAGACAUCAAAUGCGUCGUCCGCAGCCUACCCCGCCAGUGCUUCAAUUCUCCCCGGUGGAAACCCGCGUCUGUUCGAUGAGUUGGUGACCGUAACGGCCAGUGUCAAGAACACCGGCACUGUUGACGGCCAAGAGGUUGCUCAGCUUUAUAUCGGCAUUCCUAACGGUCCGGUCCGACAGCUGCGUGGCUUUGACAAAGUCUCCAUCAAGGCCGGUAGCUCUGCCUCUGUUACUUUUAGCUUAACUCGUCGUGACCUGAGCACUUGGGAUACUAAUGCUCAGGAAUGGCUCCUGCAAAGAGGAACUUAUAACUUCUACGUUGGUCGGAAUAGCCGAGAUUUGCCUCUGGAGGGCACUUUGGUAUACUGA